ACCUGCUCGAGCCACCAUUUGUAUAAAUCCAUCGUUACGCGUAUUCCAAGUAUGCCGUGCUCUGCGAGCUCAACGAUGGGGACAUCUAGCCCAUGAAGGGACACGCAACCGCCAUGUGUUACGGUGACUGGAUUGGAACUAGCUUCUGCAGCUCAGCCCGAUCCUCGAUGAAGAAACUCGUCUUCUCCUUCCUUCUCUCCUCAGUGUUCUAGGCUUAUCUCGUAUAUCAGUAUCAAUAUAUUAACAUCAUCACUUAGGACACCAUUUCACUUCUCUAUGUCCAAGCUGAUUCUCCUCCUCCCCCUGACGUUCGCUGUACGAGCGUACACCGAGUUCGACACGACUUGCACGACACCCAAUGUCACGACCAACUUCGUUUCGAGUCCCGAUUCACGAGGAACGCUAGACAUACUUUGGAGUUGUCUCUUCACCAUCAUCGCUUGCACAUGGACCAUUCAACAUCUGAAUGUACCCGAGGAACGCAAUGGGACGGACCCAGGUUGGAUAGGCGAUAUUAAGUGGGGGCUCAAAAGAACAUGGGCAAGUGCGAAGUGGAUGAUUGUCACCAUGUUGGCGCCAGAGCUGGUUCUGUCGAAAGCCUGGGAAGAUCUUGUCGUUGCACAAUCUGAUCUCAAAGCGCUUCAGAAGCUAGCUGGGGAAGAUGGGACUGAAUGGACAGUGACCCACUCCCUAUUUGCAAAUAUGGGAGGACAGACCGCCGUCCCUCGGGAUCAAACGCAUGCCCUUAGGCACCACAAUCCAUUUCAUCUCACAGCUGCUAGUAUCCUCCAGCUCCGAACGUCUAGACAGCUUCCCAAGAUGCCUUUGAUAUCUGCAGACGAUAUCAACGACAAAAGCAAAACAGAUUCUUUUGCCAGGGUAGUCUCUGUUGCCCAGAUAACAUGGAUAGUCGUGCAAGUCCUUGCACGCGUUGCAAAAAGACUUGCAGUCUCCCAGCUUGAAAUUGCAGUUGUUGCGUUCUCAAGUUGUGCUAUCAUGAUCUACAUACUUCAAUGGAAGAAGCCCAAAAGUGUCCUUGUACCAUAUACGGUCCUUAAAUUUUCAGGGCCCAUACCGGUAGAAAUAGCUCGGGAGGAAAGCGAUAUUAGGGGGGGCUCGAACUUCCGAAUAUUUUUCGGAGAGACAGAAUAUGUGUGGCACUCACUCCCCCAGACAAAUGGGCGCCCGAUCCCGAACGAUGUUACUCCAGAACACCUUGCUCAGGCAGAUGAUAACUUUCACUACUUUCUCCUUGGUUUAGGACUUGGGAGCAGCCUCUUUGGGGGAAUACAUGUUGCGGCAUGGAACUUCACCUUUCCUAGCAAAGUCGAGCUGAUUCUCUGGCGGGUGGCAAGUAUAUACUGCACUGUCUUUUUUAUUCUGUUUCUUGUGCUGCUUACAAUCCCGGAUAGGUUUCAAUGGUUUGAAGAUCAGAUGACGAAGCUUGUGAGCUCUUUAUACGUUCUUGCGAGAGUGUUUAUGGUUGUGGAAAUGUUUCGUACACUUUGUUUUCUGCCCCCUGAUGCAUAUACCUCGACCUGGGCUACGAACAUUCCGCAUUUAGCUUGA